ACAAAAUUAGUAAAUUACCUCAAAAACUCCCUCCUCAAUGGCGUCCUCCACUUCCUUCUCCUUCUUCUCUUCCAUUCUCUUCCUCCUCUUCUCCAUCUCCAUUGCCGCAACUUCCUUCCGUCCCAAAUCCCUUGUUCUCCCCGUCACCAAACACCCAUCUCUUCAAUAUAUCACCGAGGUCCACCAACGAACUCCUCUGGUUCCGGUGAAACUCACGGUGGACCUCGGCGGUCAGUUCAUGUGGGUCGACUGUGAUCGUGACUACGUUUCUUCCUCCUACAAACCCGCUCGUUGUCGCUCCGCCCAAUGCUCUCUUGCCUCCAAAUCCAGUAGCUGCGGUCAAUGCUUUUCGCCGCCCCGCCCCGGCUGCAACAACGAUACCUGCGGCCUUUUCCCCAGCAACACCAUUAUCCGUCUCUCAACUAGCGGAGAAGUCGCUUCCGACGUCGUCUCUGUUUCCUCCACCAACGGCUUCAAUCCAACCAGAGCCGUGUCGAUCCCUAAUUUCCUCUUCGUUUGCGGUUCCACUUUUCUCCUCGAAGGCCUCGCCCCCGGCGUAACCGGAAUGGCUGGAUUCGGUAGAAACGGAAUCUCUCUACCAUCCCAAUUCGCCGCCGCCUUCAGUUUUAACAGAAAAUUCGCCGUGUGCUUGAGCGGCUCCACUAGAUCCCCUGGCGUCAUCUUCUCCGGUAACGGCCCGUACCAUUUCUUACCCAACAUCGACUUAACAAAUUCCUUCACCUACACCCCGCUCUUCAUCAACCCCGUCAGUACCGCUGGCGUGUCCUCCGCCGGGGAAAAAUCCACGGAAUAUUUCAUCGGCGUUACCUCCAUCGUCGUUAACUCCAAACCCGUCCCACUCAACACGACUCUUCUGAAAAUCGACAGCAACGGAAACGGCGGAACCAAAAUCAGCACCGUGAAUCCAUUCACCGUACUAGAAUCUUCAAUAUACAAAGCGUUGGUGAAAGCAUUCACGACAGAGGUAUCGAAAGUGCCGAGGGUGGCGGCGGUGGCACCGUUCGAAGUAUGUUACAACUCAAAGAGCUUUCCGAGCACUCGAUUGGGGGCAGGAGUACCGACGAUUGAUUUGGUUUUGCAGAACAAGAAAGUGAUUUGGAGCAUAUUCGGUGCGAACUCGAUGGUACAGGUAAACGACGAUGUAUUGUGCUUGGGAUUUGUAGACGGAGGGGUUGAUGUGAGAACCGCGAUUGUGAUUGGAGCCCACCAGAUUGAGGACAAAUUGCUUGAGUUUGAUUUGGCAACUUCUAGACUUGGCUUCACCCCAACUUUACUGGGUCGGAUGACUACUUGCGCUAAUUUCAAUUUUACUUCUAAUGCUUCUUGAUUAAUUAAAAAUAAUCCCAAGUUUUUAAUUAAUCAUAUGCUUAAAUUCCCAUUAAAUAAAAUGUUGUUGCUUUUUACAUUUCUGUAUUGUAUUCUAUUUUUAUACUUUAUUAUUUAAUAAGUGAGAGCAGAAGCUUUUGGUUGUUUGUUUAUUUUAA